CAUGAUUAUUCCAUGUUUGUGAGGUUAUAUACGAUCCCAACUGCUUCUCGGCUGUUAAUCUCGGUUUUCGAGGAUUCCUUAGGCCCCAGCAGUAAAUAUUAUUUUAAAAACAUUUAGUGUAGUAUGCUAAGAAGAGUGUAAAAGUUCAUCCUCGCAACGGGAAUUGUGAAAAUGGCCGGAAUCCCGAGGACUCACGAAGAUAUUGAAGCCCAAAUUCGGGACAUCCAAGCUCGGAAAAAAAACAUAGCUCCGGAAAAUGGUGAGAAUGGUGAUGAAGAAAAGCACGUUGGACUCGGAGCCAGUGGAUUCUUUGAUCGUGAUAUCUAUGAUGGAACUGGGAAAUAUGAAGGUUAUGUCACAUCCAUAGCAGCCAAUGAUGAAGUGGAUGAGGACGAGUACGAUCCAGUUAGUUUUAGCAAACGCCCUGGUUACACAGCCCCAGCUGCGUUGCUAAACGACAUCGUCCAGAGCGAAAAAGAUUAUGACCCGUUUGCAGACAGGCGGCAAAAAACAGUCGCAGAAAAAGAAGAUGAAUACCGAGCGAUGCGGCGUAGGAUGAUCAUCUCUCCAGAGCGAAUUGAUCCAUUUGCUGAAGGUGGGAAAACACCAGACCUUGGAUCUCGUACCUACACAGAUAUUAUGAAAGAACAGCUACUCAGAGGAGAAGAGACCGAGUUGAAAAAGAAGCUAAUCGAGAAGUCUAAGGAGGGUACCUUGAAGCCAGUAAGCACCAAUGGAGACGCUGCAAAACCAGCCCCGAAGAAACGUGGACGAUGGGAUCAGACCGGAGACGGAGAAGUCAUACCUGCAAAAAAGAAAGACCUUGGAUGGGAUAAAGAAGAAGCAUCAGCAACUCCUGCAAGCACAAGAUGGGAUGCGACUCCAGGUCAUGCUGGAAGUGAAACUCCAGGAGCAACACCAAGCACUAGGAUAUGGGAAGCAACACCUGGACAUGCAACUCCUGGUCAAGCGACCCCAGGCCGAGAAACACCAUUACAUGGAGAGAAAGUUUCGGCAAGAAGGAAUCGAUGGGAUGAAACUCCAAAAACCGAAAGAGAAACCCCUGGGCAUAGCGGGUGGGCAGAAACUCCGAGAACAGAUAGAACUGGUGAUUUAAUCCAAGACACGCCAACGCCAAGUGCCAGCAAAAGAAGAUCAAGAUGGGAUGAGACUCCUUCUGCCCAAAUGACACCAUCAAUGACUCCGUCUGGAGGCAUGACACCAUCAACUCCUAUUACACCCGCCGGGACUCCGUCAAUGAUGACUCCAUCUGGUGUAACUCCUACCGGUCAAAAAGCUAUGGGUAUGGCGACACCAACCCCAGGUCAUCUAAUGACCAUGACACCGGAGCAGCUUCAAGCCUAUCGUUGGGAGCGAGAGAUAGACGAGAGAAAUCGGCCACUAACAGAUGACGAAUUAGACGCCAUGUUUCCUCCUGGCUAUAAAGUUCUUCAGCCUCCGGUUGGCUACAUUCCAAUUCGAACUCCUGCACGAAAGCUAACUGCUACACCAACACCAAUCGCUGGGACACCGACUGGGUUCUUCAUGCAGAGUGAAUCCGAAAAAUCUGCUAAAUUUGUUGACAAUCAGCCAAAAGGCAACUUGCCAUUCAUGAAACCGGAAGAUGCGCAGUAUUUUGAUAAACUUCUUGUUGAUGUUGAUGAAGAAUCCCUCAGUCCUGAAGAACAGAAGGAGAGAAAGAUAAUGAAAUUACUUUUAAAGAUUAAAAACGGCACACCGCCGAUGAGGAAAGCUGCCCUGAGACAAAUUACCGAUAAAGCUAGAGAAUUUGGUGCAGGGCCAUUAUUCAAUCAAAUUUUACCACUCCUCAUGUCCCCCACUUUAGAAGAUCAAGAAAGACAUUUGCUGGUGAAAGUUAUAGACCGUAUUUUGUACAAGCUAGAUGAUUUGGUCAGGCCGUACGUCCACAAAAUAUUAGUUGUCAUUGAGCCUCUGUUGAUUGAUGAAGAUUAUUAUGCUCGUGUUGAAGGACGUGAAAUCAUUUCUAAUCUGGCAAAAGCAGCAGGUUUGGCAACAAUGAUUUCCACAAUGAGACCAGAUAUUGACAAUAUUGAUGAGUAUGUCCGAAAUACCACUGCUCGUGCUUUUGCUGUUGUUGCAUCUGCCUUGGGUAUUCCGUCUUUGUUGCCUUUUCUCAAAGCUGUAUGUCGUUCCAAAAAAUCUUGGCAAGCUAGACAUACUGGAAUAAAAAUUGUUCAGCAAAUUGCCAUUUUGAUGGGUUGUGCUAUUUUACCUCAUUUAAAAUCAUUGGUGGAAAUUAUUGAACAUGGUCUGGUUGAUGAACAGCAGAAGGUGAGAACCAUCACUGCUCUGGCUGUUGCUGCCCUUGCUGAAGCUGCAACCCCUUACGGUAUUGAAAGUUUUGAUUCAGUCCUUAAACCGCUCUGGAAAGGUAUCAGAACUCACAGAGGUAAAGGUCUUGCUGCUUUCUUGAAGGCUAUCGGUUACCUUAUUCCUUUGAUGGACGCAGAAUAUGCAAACUAUUAUACUCGUGAAGUGAUGUUAAUUCUUAUCCGUGAGUUCCAGUCUCCAGAUGAAGAGAUGAAGAAAAUCGUUUUAAAAGUAGUGAAACAGUGUUGUGGUACUGAUGGUGUGGAAGCUCAGUACAUCAAAGAUGAGAUUUUACCACACUUUUUCAAACAUUUCUGGAAUCAUCGAAUGGCUUUAGAUCGUAGAAAUUACAGGCAACUAGUAGAUACAACUGUGGAAAUCGCAAACAAAGUUGGAGCAUCUGAAAUAAUUAACAGAGUUGUGGACGAUUUGAAAGAUGAAAAUGAGCAGUACCGUAAAAUGGUGAUGGAGUCAAUAGAAAAAAUUAUGGGGAAUCUAGGAGCUGCAGAUAUUGACUCAAGGCUCGAAGAGCAGCUUAUUGAUGGUAUUCUCUAUGCGUUCCAAGAGCAAACGACUGAAGACGUCGUCAUGUUGAACGGUUUCGGCACAAUCGUGAAUCAGUUGGGAAAGAGAGUGAAACCGUAUUUGCCACAGAUUUGUGGUACUAUUUUAUGGCGGUUAAAUAACAAAUCCGCCAAAGUUCGACAACAGGCUGCUGAUCUGAUCUCACGAAUCGCAGUUGUGAUGAAGAUAUGUCAAGAAGAGAAGUUGAUGGGUCAUUUAGGUGUUGUACUUUAUGAGUAUCUCGGAGAAGAGUAUCCUGAAGUGUUAGGUUCUAUUUUGGGUGCGUUAAAGGCUAUCGUGAAUGUAAUUGGUAUGACAAAGAUGACACCACCAAUCAAAGAUCUCUUACCAAGACUUACACCUAUCUUGAAAAAUCGUCAUGAAAAGGUUCAAGAGAACUGCAUUGAUUUAGUUGGUCGAAUUGCUGACCGUGGUCCCGAAUAUGUUUCUGCUCGAGAAUGGAUGAGAAUUUGUUUCGAGCUGCUGGAAUUACUGAAGGCUCACAAAAAAGCCAUCAGGAGAGCCACUGUCAAUACUUUUGGUUACAUCGCCAAAGCUAUUGGUCCUCACGAUGUUCUCGCAACACUCCUAAAUAAUCUAAAAGUUCAGGAAAGGCAAAAUCGUGUAUGCACAACAGUUGCUAUUGCUAUUGUCGCUGAAACGUGCUCUCCAUUCACCGUGCUGCCAGCUUUGAUGAAUGAAUACAGAGUUCCCGAGUUGAAUGUCCAAAAUGGUGUCCUCAAAUCUUUAUCAUUUCUGUUUGAGUACAUCGGUGAAAUGGGCAAAGACUACAUUUAUGCUGUCACUCCCCUUUUGGAGGAUGCAUUAAUGGAUCGAGAUUUAGUUCAUAGACAGACAGCUUGCUCUGCUAUAAAGCACAUGGCCCUAGGUGUCUAUGGCUUUGGCUGUGAAGACGCCCUGAUUCACUUGUUGAAUUACGUCUGGCCAAAUAUUUUUGAAACAUCCCCGCAUUUAGUUCAAACUUUCAUGGAUUCAAUUGAAGGAUUAAGAGUUGCUCUAGGACCAAUUAAAAUUCUUCAGUACACUCUCCAAGGUCUGUUCCAUCCUUCCAGAAAAGUGCGUGAUGUGUACUGGAAAAUUUACAAUUCACUAUACAUUGGUGGACAAGAUUCGCUUGUUGCUGGCUAUCCAAGGAUACCUAACGAUCCAAAAAAUCAGUACAUUAGAUAUGAAUUAGAUUAUGUCCUUUGAAUUUCUCAAUUUCAUCAGUUUUUUAAAAAAGUUUGAGGAGCGUUAAAAUUUUUUCAUUCUGUCGUUUUGCGCUCAAUCUUGCUCUGAAUUGUCUUCUCUUAAACAAGGGCAGAUUUACAUGUCCAUGGGCCACCUGUAUUUUGUCCCUUCUGAAUUUGAAAAGUGCUGACCUUUUAUUUUUAUUUAUUUUUUAAAUGCUUUUUAAUUUUGUGUGAUUUCACUUUGCAGUAUUAAAAGGUUAAAAUAAUAAUAAAUAAAUAAAAAGUCAUCACUUCUGAAAUCUGUCCUCUCACCUUUACCACUCCCCAACUUUUGCUGCUGUUGGCCGUGGUUCAUGUUGCCCAUACCUUGAUCUAGCCUUGCACUUACAGAACUUUUCUGAACCAGAAUUCUGUUUUUAAGUGAACCUCAAUUAAUUCAAACUAAGAGUUUACAGAGUUAUAGUAUAUGGAGGGAGCUGUUAUCGUUUCUAAGCGUUCACAACCAAAUGCUGGUUUCAUAACUUUCUAAGAAUUUUUAGGAAAAGAGCGUUAUUUUCUCAUUAAAGUAAAGCUUCUGGCACUCUAAUAAUGAUUCUAACUUAUCAUGAUUUCUCAAAUGUAUGAUCUCUUUGACUGAAACACAUUAAAAAUACAGCUUUUUUGAGCGUGCCUUAAUAAAUAAGCAGUUUUGUUUUAACUAUCAAAUGGUUGAAGAAUCAUGCUUUGAUUUUAAUCGCAUUUGAAAGUAGACUCAAAAAUAUAGCAGGACGUAUAUUUACUAAGUGCUUUUAUGAUAGUCAAAAAAAAGGGGGGGGGGGCAACUCCACGUGACCUCUGUCCAAAAACAGAUAGAAAGUAACAAUGCAUGCAAACUCACCUCUUCCAAUGAAAGUUGGUCGGACAGAAAUGUGUCACAAAAUGUGUUCACCUUGAUUCUACUCAGAGAUUUUUGAAAAGCAUGUGAUUUUCCUUAUUUGUGAGCAAAGAAUCAGAGGAUUAGCAUGCAUAUCAUUGUGUUGAAAAACUUACUUUGGUAUUCCGAUGUAUUAUUGAGUCUACUUUUAAAUUCAAUAAAAAUCAAGGUUUUAUCUUUGACUGUUCAAAAGUUAUCGCCAAAAAAGCUGUUCCCUUCUUUGAAGCCCUUGUGACUUAGUGGAAGAUUACGUCAUGCUUGAAUUAAAUCCCUGUAAAGUUUCCUAUGUAUUAAUCAAACAGAAAUUUUUUACAAUGAGUAUAUUUCAGGAAAAAAUUCCACUUUUUUCAGUCUCUCAGUUUUGUAAUGGUCUACUGCUCUCUUGUAACCCGAUGCCCAUGAAACAGGAUUGCUUCAUUUUCCCAUUUUCCUCUUUGUCUAUUGCUUUGUCCAUCAAUUUUAAUAAUCAGCCCAAUACAUCAAUCAAUGAGUGAAUAAUUGUGAUGUUGAAAUCAAAAAGAAAUUUGAUGGUAGGCACAGAGAAAAUACAAGAAGUGGGGGCAAGGCAUUCACCUUUAGAUUCAGUCUUGUUGUAGAAAUGUUCAUCGGACCAUCAGCCAAUUAGAAUGAAACUACAGCAAAUCGAAGACACUGCUUCAUGUUGUACAUUACUCAACUGUGUCACAAACCUCAUUAGACCUGCGGUUGCUUGUUGUAACAUGGAAACAUAGAUUCCUUUGCUAGCCAACACCCUCGGUAUUUUCUCUACUAAAGGAAGAGAUGAAGCAUUGGCUUGAUUCUCCCAUGAGGUUACGGUUUAAAAGUCAGCCAGAUUAUUAAGUGUGUCAGGGUUGUCACAGUCAAGGAAAACCGGGAAAUGCCAGGAAAAAUGACGAAAAUGUCAGGGAAAAUGUGUUAAAUCACCUUCAUUUGCUUUCUAGAACGGGUUUGAGGUUUCGAACAACAAAAUUUGCCUGAAAACUGUUUUCAAUUAUGCCUUCUUAACCAUCCGUCACAUCUUUAAGUGUCAGGGAAUUCCACCAAAAUCUGUCAGGGAAAUGUCGGGGAAUUUCAUUUUCUAAAUUCUGUGGCAACCCUGGUGUGUUUCAAAGUAUUCUUAAAUUUGUAUACAACUAUGUUCAACUCAAAAACGUUUUUUGGCUCAAAGAGUGGUCUUCUGUAGCAUGGUUGAGUAGAGCAUUAAGUUUUUUUUCUUGCUUUAAGUGAUGACUAAAAUGCACAGGUACCGUCUCGGGUAUUGAACAUACUUUUCAUAUUAUCCAGUAGCUGUUAUUCAAUAAGAAUCAAUGCAGGCUAGCUAAUACCCAAAUCUAUUAAAUUCUACCAUUCAAGUCAGUUAAUUUUCACGGUGGAAAGAUACCCAUUGCAUUUCUGGGUUUUUAAUGUGUCCUUGUAAAAAAAUGUGUAAAGAAGAAAAUUGUAAAUAACUUGUACAGUACAUUAUAAUACAUUUUGUGACUAAUACCUUA